CCUUCCAACAUAGUCACGGGGUCAGACAGGCAAUAAGAUCAGCUCCGCAAAUCUGCGUUAUUUAUUGACCAGCACCUGCCAGAGUAACAGGUUUUAUCUGUGAGUCUCUGACUGUCUCGCUCUCCUCUCCCCCCCACCCCUCCCUCCCUCCCUCGCUCGCUCGCUCGCUGACUCAUUGAGUGGAUUUUAACUGCGACCGAAAGAAAAGUGCAGAGCUUCGGAAAGUUGUUACCGAGAAUGAGUUACAGGUCUGAAGAUUCACGGGAGCGCUCCCACUCGGGGGACUAUCAUUCGAAGCCCAGUGGCCGGUCUAUAUAUGAACAGAGGAAAAAGUACGCCCAUACCAGCUUUUCAAUGGAGGACGAGUCCCAGUACUACGUGAACCACCUCACCACGAUUAAUCUGGGUCCUGGGGAGGACACUCAGACCGUGGAAGAAGCCGUAAAGAAGCUCAAAACUCUGGACGCCAAAGGGAAGAUCUGGACACAGGAAAUGUUCAUGAAAGUGGACAAUUCCACAGUCAGCCUACUUGACGUUGACUCUAAGGACGUGUUGGAGAAUUAUCCACUAGGGGCGAUCGAGCUCUGUGAUUCCCUGCAGGAAAACUGGAAGUUUAACUCUGUCCUGAUCCUGGUGUGUAGAGACGCUCAUCAGGUCAACCCCGAAGUCAACUUUUUCCAGUGCUCAGAUGUAGGGGCGGAGUUGAUUAAAUCCGACGUAAACAGCGCCAUCACAGACUUCAGAAAUGGGAACAGCAAUGAGAGACCUGAUGUUCUCAGAUACAACCAGCAGAAAAUGAACGAGCCCAGGGAGACGGAGGAUAUGCUUUUAGCGCCCAGAGCCCCUCUGACCUACAAUCCCAGCGGGAAACACCAUGAGUUAACACCCCUGGAGCCCACAGUUGUGGUGUUGACACAGCCACCCCCUGGAACUCCAGAGCUGAACGGUUCGGGUAGGACUGCGAUGGAUCAAACAGAGCAACGCACAGCUCGGGACGUGAUGAUUCUGAACCACACCUUUGAUGACAUCGAGGGAUUCAUGGCAAGACUGCAAAAAGCGGCCGAGGCUUAUAAAGUUCUCGACCAGCGGAAGAGGAGUCGGAUGGGAAAGAAAAAAAAUGGUAGAGAGUCGGGGGAGGGUCUCCUGACCAUACGAGCUCGGCCCCCCACCGAGGCCGAGUUCAGAGACACUCUGCAGAAAUACAAGUACUCCUUCAGCCUGCUGACCAAACUGCAGAACCACAUCAUGAACCCCAGCGCUGUUGAGCUCAUCCACUUCCUGUUCCCACCUCUUGAAAAUAUGUUGGACACCACUGGGAUCGAGAUUGCCCGAUCAAUCAGGAGCCCCUACCUUACCCACGAGGCGGUUAAUCUCCUGGAGGCCACCCUGAAUGAGAAGGAAAUGGCACUGUGGAAAUCACUCGGGGACAACUGGACCUUAUCCAGGAUGCAGUUGCCCCCGGAACAGUGGGGGGCGCCCUACCACAUCGCCUUCAACUCGGGCUGGCAGCCCAACCAGUUUGACCAGCAGGGCAACCCCUGGGAGGACCCCGUGGAGCUGCAACUGAAACACGAGAUGCUACGGCUGCAGCAAUCUGAUCCUCAAGCCACCACCAUCUCACACACCAAUGGUCACCAUGAGGAGAGUGUGAGGAAACCCAUGCAGUGUAGCUAUGACUUUGUGGCCAGGAAUAACACUGAGCUGUCUGUGUUGUCCGGGGAAGUGUUGGAGGUCCUGGAUGACUCCAAGCAGUGGUGGAAGAUGAGAAACAGGAGCGGGCAGGUUGGCUACGUUCCCUACAAUAUCCUGGCUCCCAUCCCAGAUACUGACAGCAGCACCGCCAUGUACAGUUACGUGAUCCCCAAGGAAGAGCGGAAAAGCAGGAAGGGCACCCCUCCCCCAACUUUCCCCAAAAACGUCAACCGACUCAAGCCCCAGAUUCAGCAGAUCCCAGAUCAUCCCUCCAGCCCACCCAAAGAGAAAGACUUCAAUUCCAAGAUUAACGAGGAGCUGCUGCUGAGAUUAACUAGCGGGCGGGUCGCCCCGCAGAAGAGCUUUCAAGUGCAGAAGACCCUGGACACCUCAGUGCCCUUGAACUACGACUCACCUGCUUCCGAGGUCAGGGCCUGGCUGGAGGCUAAAGGUUUCAGUUCACCGACGGUGAACUCGUUGGGAAUUCUGACCGGAGCCCAACUAUUCUCCCUACAGAAGGAAGAGUUAAAGUCCGUGAGCCCAGAGGAGGGGACGAGGGUGUACAGUCAGAUAAUGGUGCAGAAAUCACUAUUGGAGGACAAUCAGAGUAUCACGGAGUUGGAGGCAGUGAUGGAAAAACAGAAGAAGAAAGUGGACAGUGAAAUCGGGUUAACCACCCUGUGAGGAUUCCCGAAACCUCGUCCCCAUCUGCGUUAGAAACACAGGCAACUAACUAUUCACCCUCGUGCCUGAGAUGCCAUAUUGGGACGUGCAGAUGGGUGUCAACAAUCAGUACUUAGAACGCAAUAUUUUUUUAUAUUAGAGAGGAAAAAAAAAAACUUUUUGGAACCUCGCCUGCUAAGUAAUCAAUCUUUCACACUCUGUUUUCGGGCUUAGUGUUGAUUCACUUCCUUUAGACCUCAUACUGAGCGAGUUAUUGUCAAAGUGCACAUGGAGUACUCAAAGGGUCGACUUUUCCACUGACUGAGGUUGCUUCGCUGGGUGGGGAGAGAGUCAGGAAGUGGAGGGAACCGAAGGAAAUAUUAAUAAUAAUAAUAA